UAUCUCGCAGGGUGGGGAGGACCUGGCUCCUGCUGCAUUUUGGCGAUAAAUCCUUCUCAAUGCUCCCUAGUUCACCCCAUGCCCCCACCGGGCCCUGCAAGACCCAUGAAGGGACCCUGGAGCCUUUACCCGCCGGGCAAAGGGGGUGCUGGAAAUAGCAGGCAUGGCAGUGGCAGCCGGGUGCUCGGGGCCGCGCACCUGAGGGCCGCCUGCAUGGAGAACGCCACGGUGCCGCCGGCAGUCGACGUGGACAAGGGCUUUGCCAUGGCCUUUGUGGUGCUCAUGUGCCUCUUCCUCCUGGCCAUGAUGGUGCGGUGCGCCAAGCUCAUCGUGGAUCCUUACAGUGCCAUCCCUACCUCCACCUGGGAAGAGGAGCAGAUCAACUGAGGACCCCCGACACCCCCAGGGACCACAGCUCCCCAGCAUACCCCACAGCCCUCCCUCACCACAGGGUGCUCCAGGGCAGCCCAGGGACCUCCAACAACCCCCAGUCCCCCAGCACCCCCAGCACUGCAGAUCUCCCAGUCCCCCCAGAACCACCCAGCACCCCAGGUCCCUCCAGCACUGUGGAGGACCCAGGACCCCUAGAGCUGCCCAUCGCCCCCCAAAGCCCCCCAGUACCCUCAGAGCUCUCCAUCACCCCCAGCACCUCAGCCCUGCCCCC